CUCGCACAACACCCGUCCUCGACUUUCUCCAUCUUCCUCGACUCGACUCGACUCGACUCAACUCGAUUCGUCCGUGCACCGACCUAUACCGCCUCCUCGCUCCCAGCCAUGGCCGGCGGCGACGGCGAUCGCGCCCGUGCGCCGAAGCGGUACAAGUCCUCGGCGCCAUCGAAGGCGGCUCUGGUGGACGAGACCGCCGAGAUGAACUACGCCGACGACUUCGAUGACGAUGCCCGCGACGGGGAUAAUGAGGUGAAGAAGAGGGACUUCACCAAGCUGGAGCUCAAGCCAGAUCACGUGAACCGGCCGCUGUGGGCGUGCGCAGACGGCCGCAUCUUCCUCGAGACCUUCUCGCCUCUUUACAAGCAGGCCUACGAUUUCCUCAUCGCCAUCGCCGAACCUGUAUGCAGGCCAGAAUCUAUGCAUGAAUACAAUCUAACGCCACACUCAUUGUAUGCCGCGGUCUCAGUUGGACUUGAGACAAACACUAUCAUUAGUGUCUUGAGUAAGCUCUCCAAGACUAAAUUGCCUCAUGAGAUAAUUGAAUUUAUCCAUGGGUCAACUGCGAAUUAUGGCAAAGUAAAGCUUGUUCUGAAGAAGAAUCAAUAUUUUGUGGAGUCGCCGUUCCCUGAGGUUUUGGAGAAACUCCUGAAUGAUGACGUAAUUUCGAAAGCACGGAAAGCUCCCGAGGACUGUCUAGGAGGAUCGGCAUUCGCUGUUAGCAAAGCAGCUAGGGAAAUAGCUAGUGGACAUGAUUUGUUAGAUGGAACGGAAUUGGCUGAUGCAAAUGAAGACAAGGAAACACAUUCUUUCGAAGUUUAUUCCUCUCAGGUUGAGAACGUAAAGCAACGGUGCUUACCAAAUGCGCUGAACUUUCCCAUGCUAGAGGAGUAUGAUUUUAGAAAUGACACAGUAAACCCAGAUUUGGAUAUGGAAUUAAAACCUCAAGCACGGCCAAGGCCAUAUCAAGAAAAGAGCCUCAGUAAGAUGUUUGGGAAUGGCAGAGCAAGGUCAGGCAUUAUUGUGCUACCUUGUGGUGCAGGAAAAUCCUUGGUCGGUGUAUCUGCAGCAUGUCGUAUUAAGAAGAGCUGCCUAUGCUUGGCCACAAAUGCUGUGUCUGUUGAUCAAUGGGCAUUCCAGUUCAAGCUUUGGUCAACUAUAAGAGAUGAACAUAUCAGCCGUUUUACUUCAGAUAACAAAGAGAAAUUUCGAGGGAUGGCUGGUGUUGUUGUGACUACUUAUAACAUGGUGGCAUUUGGGGGCAAACGAUCUGAAGACUCAGAGAAGAUUAUUGAAGAAAUCCGGAACAGGGAGUGGGGUUUGCUCCUUAUGGAUGAGGUUCACGUUGUCCCUGCACAUAUGUUCAGAAAGGUCAUCAGCAUUACCAAGUCUCACUGCAAGCUUGGUCUUACCGCUACACUUGUGAGAGAGGAUGAACGUAUCACAGAUCUAAAUUUUCUAAUUGGACCAAAGCUGUAUGAAGCAAAUUGGUUGGAUUUAGUGAAAGGUGGUUUUAUUGCGAACGUGCAAUGUGCAGAAGUAUGGUGUCCCAUGACCAAAGAGUUCUUUGCUGAGUAUUUGAAAAAGGAAAAUUCAAAAAAGAAGCAGGUACUCUAUGUGAUGAAUCCAAACAAGUUCAGGGCUUGUGAGUUUUUAAUUCGAUUCCAUGAGCAACAACGCGGGGAUAAGAUCAUUGUAUUUGCUGAUAAUUUAUUUGCACUAACUGCAUACGCAAUGAAGCUCCGUAAACCAAUGAUUUAUGGUGCCACAAGCCAUGCGGAGAGGACAAGAAUUUUGUAUCAAUUCAAGAACAGUCCAGAAGUCAACACUGUUUUCCUCUCUAAGGUGGGUGAUAAUUCCAUUGAUAUCCCAGAAGCAAAUGUCAUCAUUCAAAUAUCUUCUCAUGCUGGUUCCCGGCGUCAAGAAGCUCAACGGUUGGGACGUAUUCUCAGGGCAAAGGGUAAGCAUCAAGAUAGGAUGGCAGGUGGAAAAGAAGAAUACAAUGCCUUUUUCUAUUCUCUUGUAUCAACCGACACACAGGAAAUGUAUUAUUCGACAAAAAGGCAACAAUUUCUUAUCGACCAGGGAUAUAGUUUCAAGGUCAUCACUAGCUUGCCGCCACCUGAAGAAGGACCUAACCUGAGUUUUCACACACUCGAUGAACAGCUUGACCUUUUAGGCAAAGUGUUGAGCGCAGGGGAUGACAUGAUUGGUGUUGAGCACUUGGAAGAGGAUUCUGAUGGCAAGGCUCUCCUGAAGGCUCGGCGCUCUGCUGGAUUAAUGAGCGCAUUUUCUGGAGCGGGUGGAAUGGUCUACAUGGAGUACAACAAGGGCAAGGGAGCCAAGAAGAAGGACCCAGCUAAGAGGCAUACACUGUUCAAGAAACGCUACACUUAGGGGUUCUGUUGUAUGGCAUUUGCAAGGAGGCCAGGAACCUAUAGCGCGGGAUUGGCUUUGCUUGGACAUGGUAUGGUUAAAGGGGCUCUACUUAUUGGACAUAAUGCAUGUCUCACUGUUAGCGCAUCAGCCAGAUUUCGCGCUAAUCGCUUGUCAUUAGAGAAUUCUACUGGGAAGUUUCCUCCAGAUUCUUGUGGUGUGCAUCUUUUCAUUAUCUCCAGUUCCGUAUCAGAAGGGUCAAUUUUGGAGCUUAUGAGAGGGAGGGUCAAUUUUGGAGCUUAUGAGAGGGAGAACAAGGGCAUUUAUCUUUCGUAGAAAUGUAAAUAUUUGUGCAAGUACCUGUAUACAAUAUAACCAAAAUCCACAUUGCGAAGCUUUGCACAGCAUGAACUCUUUGUUUCAUUGUAUACAGUUGUGACAUACGGUUAGUUAAAACAAUCUGGAAAA